CCCAUGACCAAAAUAACCAAUUAGAUGAUGUACGGGCUUAUUAUUUAAGGAUGAAAUACAGAAACUCUUGUGAGGCGAUGUCCAUAAGAAUUGUGUAAAGGUUCACAUUUGAUCACCGUACUGCAGAGAAUACAAGAAUGAAGUACCCUAAAUAUGUCUUUAUGUUGGUACUUAUCACCAUUAUUGAGAAGUGCAGAGCUCAGACCUGUGUGGUGGAUUCUUUACCAGUGAAGGAUAGCUUUGACCUAAAACGGUAUGGAGGGAAGUGGUAUGCCGUUGGUAAAAAGGAUCCGGAGGGGAUGUUCCUUCAGGACAAUAUUUCUGCUGAGUACAUUGUAGAUGAAGAUGGAACAAUGACAGCAUCAUCUAAAGGCAGAGUUAAACUUUUUGGGUUUUGGCUCAUCUGUGCAGACAUGGCAGCUCAGUACUCAGUGCCAGACCCAACAGUACCAGCUAAAAUGUACAUGACCUACCAAGGCCUGGCAAGUUAUUUAUCAAGUGGGGGUGACAACUACUGGGUAAUUGACACUGACUAUGAUAACUAUGCAAUCACAUAUGCCUGCCGUACUUUGAAUGAAGAUGGGACAUGUAAUGAUGGAUAUUCUAUUAUCUUCUCCCGCAAUCCACGAGGAUUAUCACCAGCCAUUUUGAGAAUUGUCCGUCAAAAACAAGAGGAAAUCUGCAUGGCUGGACAAUUUCAGCCUGUUCUCCAAUCAGGUAAAUGCAAGUUCUUUUAA